GUACUAAAUGUCUGGAUUGUGUAAAAAAUGUAUUAAUGUUUAAAGACACGUGAAAACCAUGAACACAUGGAAGUCGACAAAACGCUCCUUCAGCAAUUUUGUGUUCGAUUAAAAAAGGAAUUGUUCUGUUAUGCGCACCGGAAACGAAAUUCUCGUGCAUAUUACUGGAGACGAAGGCGCCAUCCGUGAUGAAAGCACAUACAAGAAUGCGGUUUAUUUUUCCAGAGAUAGGGAUUUUGAUUUGGUUUUGUAUAGCUGUGUUGCAGUCAAAUGGAGUAGUUGAAGCAGCAUGUCCUGAUCUUACUGCCCCAGAAAAUGGCAGUGUUAAUGUGGCCGGAGUUAAUGAAAAUGAUACUGCGUCUUACACAUGUUCGGAUGGAUUUUCUCUCAAUGGAACAAAUUUUAGAACAUGUCAGGCUGAUAAUUCCUGGUCAGAUUCGGCACCUAACUGUGUUAUCAAAGAUUGUGGUACACCAACAGACCCAGAAGGUGGAACAGCUGUCUACACCACCACAACAUACAGCUCUGUCCUGACAUACUCGUGCAACACAGGUUACACAAUCACAGCCGGAUCUUCAACAGCAAAUUGUACUGGAGAUGUCUGGAGUGAUAGUCCUCCUACAUGUACUAUUGAUGAUUGUCAGGGUUUAAAUAAUAUAACAGACGGAACUGUAUCUGCACCUGUAACCACGUUUGGUGCUACGGCAACAUACACAUGUAGCACUGGAUACUAUAUAUCGUCUGGCGACGAGACUCGCACCUGUCAAGCUGGCGGCUCAUGGAAUGGCACCGAACCUGUUUGUACAAUUCAUGAUUGUAAGUCAUUAAGUGCACCAUCUGAUGGUAGUGUUGAUGUAGGUACGACAACAUACAACUCUAAAGCAACAUUUUCCUGCAAUGACGGCUAUGAGAUAAACGGUAAAGCAACAAUAACAUGCCAGGCAAACGGAAAAUGGGAGACUUCACCAACCUGUGAUAUCAAAGAUUGUGGAAACUUGACUGCACCUGUUGGCGGUAAAGUGACAUAUCAAUCUAGUGUAUACAACUCUGUUGCAACCUUCAGUUGUGAUACAGGCUAUAAUCUGACAGGAGCGAUCAAUACAACUUGUACAAAUACUAGCACAUGGAGUGAUAGUGCUCCUAGUUGUACCAUAGUGGAUUGUGGAGUAUUGAAGAAACCAGAUAAUGGUAAUGUAAACUUUGACCCAGGGACAACAUAUGGAAAGAUAGCAUCUUAUACUUGUAUUACAAGUCAUGACCUGAAGGGUAGCAAUAUUAGAAAAUGUGAAGCUGACGGCCAGUGGAGCUCAUCACCACCCACAUGCGAGAUAUAUGAUUGUGGGACUCCUACAUCUCCUACAAAUGGCAAUGUAUCUUCAACAUUGACAACUUAUGGUAAAGAAGCCACGUAUUCAUGUAACACUGGUUAUGUUAUCAAUGGAACUGCGACAACAACAUGUGGUAAAGGCACAUGGUCAGGGUCUCUGCCGACUUGUGAAGACAUUGAUGAAUGUACAGCAGGGACAGGUAAUUGUGAUAUCAAUGCAGCAUGUACGAACACUGUUGGAAGUUUUACCUGUGCUUGUAAUACAGGAUAUAAUGGUGAUGGUACAUCAUGUACAGAUAUAAAUGAAUGUACAGCAGGGACAGGUAAUUGUGAUGCCAAUGCAGCAUGUACAAACACUGCUGGAAGUUUUACCUGUGCUUGUAAUACAGGGUACAAUGGUGAUGGUACAUCAUGUAAAGAUGUUGAUGAAUGUACAGCAGGGACAAAUAAUUGUGACUCAAAUGCAGCAUGUACAAACACUGGUGGCAGUUUUACCUGUGCUUGUAAUACAGGCUAUACUGGUGAUGGUACAUCAUGUACAGAUAAAGAUGAAUGUACAGCAGGGACAGAUAACUGUGACACAAAUGCAGCAUGUACAAACACUAUUGGAACUUUUACCUGUGCUUGUAAUACUGGCUAUAAUGGGGAUGGUACAUCAUGUACAGAUGUAGAUGAAUGUACAGCAGGGACAGGUAAUUGUGAUAUCAAUGCAGCAUGUACAAACACAGCUGGAAGUUUUACCUGUGCUUGUAAUACAGGGUAUGAUGGUGAUGGUACAACAUGUACAGAUACUGAUGAAUGUACAGCAGGGACAGAUUACUGUGCCACAAAUGCAGCAUGUACAAACACUGUUGGAACUUUCACCUGUGCCUGUAAUACAGGCUAUAAUGGGGAUGGUACAUCAUGUACAGAUAUCGAUGAAUGUACAGCAGGGACAGAUAACUGCGACACAAAUGCAGCAUGUACAAACACUGCUGGAAAUUUUACCUGUGCUUGUAAUACAGGCUAUAAUGGUGAUGGUACAACAUGUACAGAUAUAAAUGAAUGUACAGCAGGGACACAUAAUUGUGAUACCAAUGCAGCAUGUACAAACACUGUUGGCAAUUUCACCUGUGCUUGUUAUACAGGCUAUAAUGGUGAUGGUACAUCAUGUACAGAUAUUGAUGAAUGUACAGCAGGGACAGAUAACUGUGAUACCAAUGCAGCAUGUACAAACACAGCUGGAAAUUUUACCUGUGCUUGUAAUACAGGCUAUAAUGGGGAUGGUACUUCAUGUACAGAUAUAAAUGAAUGUACAGCAGGGACAGAUAACUGUGACACAAAUGCAGCAUGUACAAACACUGUUGGAAGUUUCACCUGUGCCUGUAAUACAGGCUAUAAUGGGGAUGGUACAUCAUGUACAGAUAUUGAUGAAUGUACAGCAGGGACAGAUAACUGUGACACAAAUGCAGCAUGUACAAACACAGCUGGAAGUUUUACCUGUGCCUGUAAUACAGGCUAUAAAGGUGAUGGUACAACAUGUACAGAUAUCAAUGAAUGUACAGCAGGGACACAUAACUGUGAUACCAAUGCAGCAUGUACAAACACUGCUGGGAGUUUUACCUGUGUCUGUAACCAGGGUUAUUCAGGAAAUGGUACUUCUUGCCAAGAUUGUGGGAAAUUAAAUGAUCCGGCAAAUGGAUCAGUUAAUCAGACAGGAACCACAUAUAAUGAACAGACAAUAUAUGUUUGUAAUGAAGGGUACGAGAAUACAGGAGGAGAUCUGUUGCGGGUAUGUCAGGCUGAUGGUUCAUGGAAUGGUACCGAAGUUGUAUGCACUAUUGAAGACUGUGGAAAUUUGACAACACCAUCAGGAGGGUCAGUUAGUUAUAAAGAUUCUACAUAUGGAGAGAUAGCUACCUACUCGUGUAACACAGGUUACCAGCAGACAGGAGGGGAGGCUACUCGUACCUGUGUGCAAGGUGGAGUUUGGAAUGGAACGGAAAUUGUCUGUCAGAUUUACACUUGUCCAAAUGCAACUGAUCCCACAAACGGUACAGUAGUAGCAACUGGUUAUACAUAUGGGGAGAAUGCCACUUUUAGUUGUGAUUCAGGGUUUGAUUUAGAUGGGAACAGUACUUUAACCUGUGGAUUAGGCACCUGGGACAGUAAUUUUCCUACAUGUGUCAAAAAAGACUGUGGGGCAUUGUCAACAAAGCUAGCAGACGCAAAUGUUACACAAUCCGGCACUAAAUAUUUAGAUACAACAGUGUACACAUGUGAUACUGGUUUUAUGAUCGGUGUUGGGAACGUUUCUCUGAUGGUAACAUGUCAGUCAGAUGGAAACUGGAGUGACAGUGUACCAACAUGUAUCCAGACUGACUGUGGCAGUUUAUCUAAGCCAGAAAAUGGGCAAGUGAACACUCAACCAGGGACGACAUACCUGAAGUUAGCUUCCUACACUUGUAACCAAGGCUACAAUCUAAAUGGUACCAACGUAAGAGAAUGCCAAGCUAAUGGGUAUUGGGAUGGUGCAAAACCAACUUGUCAAAUCAUUGAUUGUGGCAAUCUAACAAAUCCAAAGAAUGGUUUAGUGGAUACAUCAUCAGGAACUACUUUCUUCCAAGUGGCGUCUUACUCGUGUGACACAGGGUAUGAAUUGUCCGACACCUCAAGUCGUUCAUGUCAACUGGAUGGAAAUUGGAAUGGAACAGAGCCAAGUUGCUCAAAAAAAAACUGUGGCAGUUUAUCAACAGUUAUCUCUAAUGGAAAAGCUUCUCAGUCCGGCACAUUGUACGAGGACACAACAGUGUAUACAUGUAACACUGGGCAUUAUAUAAGUCAAGGAGUUGUCACACAGACUGUUACGUGCUUGGACACGGGGAAAUGGAAUGGAACUGCAGUUAAGUGCAUACCUGUUGAUUGCAAGGACCUUACAGCUCCUAGUGGAGGACAAAUAAUGUAUAAGAAUACAUUUUAUAACACAAGGGCUUCAUACACAUGUAACCCAGGACAUGACUUGAAUGGAACAAAUGUACGAACAUGUGUUGCAGAUGGAUUCUGGGAUAACAGUGAACCUGAAUGUGUGAUUAAAGACUGUGGUGAACUGAAAGAUAUUGGCAAUGGCAGUGUUUCUGCACCAGUAACAACUUUCGGACAGGCAGCAUUGUAUACAUGUGACCUUGGUUACUACAUAGCAACAGGGUCACAAUCCCGCAAGUGUAAUGAGAGUGGACAGUGGGAAGGAACUAAACCUACUUGUGAUCUAUAUGAUUGUGGAACUCUAAAAGGUGGAAAAUUUAACAGUGUUGUAUUGUCAGGCACAACAUAUAACAGUACAGCAGUGUAUACCUGUAAUACAGGCUACUAUGUGACUGAUGGAAACCUCACUAGAACCUGUGGUGAUGGCAACUGGAGUGGGACUCCACCUACCUGUACAAUAAGAGAUUGUGGGAAACUUAGUAACCCUGAAAAUGGAACAGUAUCUGUGAUCUUGACAACAUACCUGUCAGUAGCAGACUAUAAAUGUGAGACAGGAUUUUACAACUCCAGUGGGGACUGGCAGAGAACAUGUCAGGCUGAUGGAAUGUGGAGUGGAACAGAACUACAGUGUUUAAUAUAUGAUUGUUCUGUUCCAUCUGACACUGGAAAUGGUACAGUAAGAUACACAAGUACAACAUUUGGUUCUAGUGCAACAUACAGGUGUAAUGAAGGUUUCUAUACCAAGGAUAAUGUGACAGUUACCUGUGGCAAUGGGGCAUGGGAUGGUUCUGUACCUGUGUGUUCUAUCUAUGAUUGUGGAACUCUAAAAGGCGGAAGCUUUGAUAGUGUUGUAUUGUCAGGCACCACAUAUAACAGUACAGCAGUGUAUACCUGUAAUACAGGCUACUAUGUGACUGAUGGAAACCUCACUAGAACCUGUGGUAAUGGCAACUGGAGUGGGACUUCACCUACCUGUACAAUAAGAGAUUGUGGGAAACUGAGUAACCCUGAAAAUGGAACAGUUACUGUGACCUUGACAACAUACCUGUCAGUAGCAGACUAUAAAUGUAAGACAGGAUUUUACAACUCUAGUGGAGACUGGCAGAGAACAUGCCAGGCUGAUGGAACAUGGAGUGGAACAGAACUACAGUGUUUAAUAUAUGAUUGUUCUGUUCCAUCUGACACUGGAAAUGGUACAGUUAGUUACACAAGUACAACAUUUGGUUCCAGUGCAACAUAUAGCUGUAAUGAAGGUUUUUAUACCAAGGAUACUGUGACAGUUACCUGUGGAAACGGGGUUUGGGAUGGUUCUGUACCUGUGUGUACUAUCUAUGAUUGUGGGGAUCUAUCGUCUGUUGUUGUUAAUGGAUCUGCUGUUUUCUCUGGAACAACAUACAACGAGACUGCUGUAUAUACAUGUAAUGAUGGCUUCCUUAUACAGAAGUCACGCAGCAAAAAUAUGACCUUGACUUGUGUAACAGGCGGUAAUUGGGAUGACUCUGUUCCAACUUGUGUACCUGUUGUUUUGUCUGUAGAUUGUGGAAGAUUGGAUGCACCAUUGAAUGGUGAUGUUGAUACAAGUAAAGGAACGGGAUAUCUGCAUGUGGCUGCCUACACAUGUAACAAAGGUUAUAGAUUGGAAGGCUUCAAUAUACGCACUUGCCAAGCUGAUGAUAAUUGGAGUGAUAAACCACCUGUAUGCAUGAUAUAUGAUUGUAAAUCGCCACCAGAUGUAGCCAAUGGUACGCUCUCUGUUAAUGUGACAACAUUUUCUGCAACUGUGACAUAUACAUGCAACACAGGAUUCAACCUAAGUUCAGGGAAUGAAGUAAGAACAUGUGACCAUGGUGGCUCCUGGAAUGGCACACUGCCAACAUGUACAUUAUAUGAUUGUGGUUCAUUAUCCAAUCCUGGGAAUGGCACUGUGACAUCAAAAGGACAGAAAUACGGUGAUACAGCUGUUUAUAAUUGUGAUAAAGGUUAUAAUAUAACAGCUGGUGAUGGAAAUAGAACUUGUGGUGAUGGCACAUGGGGUGGACAGGAGCCGACAUGCACAAUCAGAGAUUGCGGUCAGUUGAGAAAUCCAGAAAAUGGACAGGUGUUAACAACUAAUGGUACAACAUACAUGCAAGUUGCUACGUAUACAUGUGACACUGGUUAUUACACUAAAAGUGGAGACGAUUCACAAAAAUGUGAAGCAGAUGGGACAUGGUCUGGCGAACCUUUAGUUUGUGCUAUUCAUGACUGUGGCUAUUUAUUUGAUAUCACACAUGGUAAUGUAACAUUGACUGGUACCACUUACAAUGAAACUGCUUCAUACAAAUGUAAGACUGGUUACUUUAUAAGCUCUGGUGACCAAACAAGAACUUGUAGAGAAUUCUGGACUGGAUCUCAACCUGUCUGCACAAUAUAUAAUUGUGGUUCAGCUGGUAGCUUGGAGAAUGGUGGUGUGGUUGCUAUAGGAACACAGUAUAAUGAUAAAGCUACAUACAUAUGUAAUGAGGGCUAUCUGAUCAAUGGAACAGAAACAAACACUGUACAGAGGGUGUGUGAGGAAGGUGGAAAAUGGAGUGGUCAGCUUCCAACCUGCUUCUUAGUUGAUUGUGGUAUAUUACAAAGUCCUGCUAAUGGUAAGGUAGAUUUGAGUCAAGGUACUGGACUUAAAGACAUGGCUGCUUAUACUUGUAACAAAGGAUAUAGACUUGAAGGCAAAAAUGUGAGGGCAUGUCAACCAUCUAAUAUCUGGGAAGGUCAGGAACCAGCCUGUAUCAUUAAAGACUGUGGAACUCUUGAUAACCCAACUAAUGGAGUAGUGACUUUAUCUGGUACAACAUACCAGGAAACUGCUACAUACACUUGUAACAACGGCUACUAUAUCAGUGCUGGAAACCAAACAAGGUCGUGUAGGUCAAGUGCUGUCUGGGAUGGUGCUGAACCAGUGUGCACAAAGAGCAUUGAGACAACACCUGAUCCAAGUGUAGGAGAUGAAAUGGAUAUGGUGUGUGGACAUAGGAAUGAGGACCUAGUGUUUGGUAUAGCUGUAUCUGCCAUGACGACAGAGGACGAUUUCACACAGAUGAAGAAUCUUGUAAUAAAUGCUAUAUAUAGAUCUGACAUUGACCCGGGUGACAUGCAAAUUGGUGUUUUUGUAUACAGUAGUCAUAUAGAUCAUGUUAUACAUCUAGACGCCCACACUACCAGUGAUCAGCUUAUACAGGCGGUAAAUGCUAUACCAUACAAUGCUAGUGAUGAGUCCUCGUCACAACUGAGUGUAGGACUGGCACAGAUACCUGUCAUGUUUAACACAAGUGUGGGAGAUAGACCGGAAAAGUUGAACUAUGUGUUUUUGAUAAUGGAUGAUAGUGUGGACAUGACUGGCAGUAUUCCUGUAGCAGAUGAGAUCAGGGAGGCAGGGAUACAUCUAGAUAUUUUUGCAAUAGGAUUCUCGAAUGCCAGCCAACUAGCAGAUAUUGCAUUCAAGCCAAACGGUCAUAUAUUUCCCAUACAAACAUAUGAUAUUAUGAAGCUGUAUGUACAGUUUGUCUUGUGGAAGAACAGCAGAUGUGAUUGUGGAACAUUGACAGCACCAGUCGAUGGGGAUGUGUCCAUGACAGGAUCAUUUUAUCUAGAUACAGCAACAUUCGUCUGUGAGCAGGGUUACAAUUUGACUGGUUCCCAAACACUCACUUGCCAAUAUGGAGGUUCAUGGAAUGGUUCCCCUCCUACAUGUAUAUGGGGAGGUUCUGAGACAACACAGAGACCACACAACACAACAGAACCAGAUCAAGGAUUUUGUGGUUAUAUGAAUGGUGAUAUGAUUAUUGCUAUUGGAGUAUCUAGAACAGUAGAUGAAGAGGAAUUCAAACAAACAAAGACUUUAGUAAAAAAUAUUAUAGAUCACUCAGAUAUUGACCGAGGUAGCACAAGAAUUGGCUUGUUUGUGUUUGAUAGCUUAGUGAGGAGGGACACAUUGAUUGGCUUGAAUGACUUUGACACUAGGGCUGAUCUACUUGAUGAAGUAAAUAAAUUGCAGUACAGAAAAUCUGAAAAUAUUUUGGUGUUGUCGCCUGCUCUGCAACAAAUCAAAACUUUAUCAGCUGAUAGGUGGAAUGGAACUCUUCUUCUUACCUACGUCAUCCUUGACGACGAUGUCUCGUACACUGGUUCACAGACUCUUGCAGACCAACUGAGAGAAAUGGGGAUAAUAGUAAUCAUUCAUGGCUAUUGGAUUCACUUAAAACACUGA